AACAGAACCACAGAGGGAACAUCACGCAGUAAAGCAAGACCCUCCAUGGCAGGCGAAUCAGUGUCAGCACGUUCCACUGUCCAAGUUUCCUGUGCCUUCGCAAGCGUUCACCGAAAGGUUCGGUGCUACGCGGAUUCUCGUUGGGGGCCACUGCAGGCUCCAUGGCCGGGAACAUGUGGUGCACACGGGUAGCAGCGUUUUUUGCAGCCAAUUGUGCUUCUGCACACAUGUGCAGCCACUGGGGGCACUGGCUUCCAUGGAUUGUGUUGGGUGGAGCAGUAUUUUUUGCCGCUGCCAGCAUGCCGUACAUGACGAAAGCAAUGCAGCAGUACGAAGCCUUAUAUAUGGUCACGAUCUUCCAAGGGUCAAACAUUGUGUCCAACAGCUUGAGUGCUCUUAUUAUUCUCCAGGAGAUGGAAGGAGCACGGUGGUGGAAAUUUUUGGGUUACCUUGGAUGCGUCGUGGUCAUGAUGGGGGCCCUUUGCAUCCUUGUCUCGGGGGAAGAAACAGCUUGUCCAAGCAACGAAUUGGAUGAUGAUCUGCAACGCAUCCAUUCCAUCGAAGAAGGACGUGAACUUGAAGGCAGCGAAUCUGAUGACGAACCUGUUCUAACAUGGUUCGUCCACACAAUUCCUUUGGACCAAUUUUCAUUGUCAUUCUCCUCGUGGUCAUGUUGGAGUCCCCAAGAUGCAGAAGACUCACAAGACAGAGAAAGAUCGCACGGAGAAGAGGAGCAGUUCGAGGAGUCUGACGAUGCCAACUGCUGAAAUCAAUGCCUUCUUGGCUGGUAGGCACACUUGAGUCAAAGGGGCAAAGUUUCCCUGUAUACUUCAAAAUAUCUCGCGAAAUUUGAUGUUCAAUGACAAGUAUUUUCUUUAGUGUUUUUACCAGGUGACUUCGCACUGAUACACUUGCCCAAAA